AGCGGUGACAGUUACGAGGUGCGCGAUGUUCAUUGUGGUUGUAGUUGUUGUGCACAGCCUAGCAUGUUUAGUUAGUAACAUAUCGUGAAAUAAAUUCGGUUAUACAUCAAUGAAGCCGUUAAACUCAGACGACGAGGAAGCAGAGCAGCUGGGUGCUUAUCACAAGGAGCUGAGACAGCGGGCCAACCAGAGCAUACAGCAGCUGAGCAGCACUCUGGAGCAGCUGAGCCCUGAUGGAGAAGAGGUGGAGGAGCGCAGAGGCAGCGAUGGCAGCCCCUUUACCGCCGUGGCCAAAGAGGACAAGGCUGCAUGGAGUCAAAAGACACAGAGCGAAGCAGUUAAUCAGCUGAAGAGUCUUCUACUGAAGCAGUGCAGAGAAAUUCCCUCUCCUCUCUCUCCUGCAAAGAAAGAGUCUCCAUCCAAGAGAGUACAGAAGGAGGGAAGGUCCAGUUUGCCUGCUUUUCAAGAUUUGGUCCCAAUGAUUGACAACCAGUCAGAGUACAUCCAACACCUGGAAGCUGAGGUCAAGUUCUGCAAGGAGGAGCUGCAGGGGAUGAAACAGCGGAUCAGAGUGGUGGUGGUGGAGAAUGAGAAAUUGCAGUCAGACCUCAAAUCCAAAGCUGUGGAUGAGUCUCUGAAAGACUACACGAUCCGAAACUCCAUGGUGAAUGAGAGCGUGUCAGCCAAUAGCCACAUAGCCUCCAAUACAGACCACAGUAUGCUGCAGAAAGCAGAACACACCACAUGGAAAAAUGAACUGGAACAAUUGAAAGGGAUCUACCAGGCCCAGAUUGAAAGCUUGGAGGCUCAGGUCAUCUCCCUCAGGAAGGAUCUGUCUGUCAGUCAGAAGGAGUGUGAGGAGGUGAAGGUUCGUCUGAGACACAGGGAGAAGCAGGCUGCAGAUGUGCUGAGGUCUCAUGGAGCUCCCCCUGUGGCUGGAUUGUGUCUUAAGUGUGCGCAGCAUGAAGCUGUAUUGGCUGGGACUCACAUAAAUCUGCAUGUCCAGGCUAUUGACAGGCUCACAAAGGAGCGAGAUGAGUUACUAGCGGCUCUGCGUGCUGUGCGGGCUAGUCAGCAGGAGGCGCAGCAGAGGGAGUGGUCAGCCUGUCUCCAGGUCAAACAGGCUGUGGAGAUGGCAGAAGAAGCAAAUCUGUACAAAGCUAGGGUGGAAGUGCAGUGUGAGCAGUUGUCCCGGGAGCUGGCUCGACAGAGGGAACAGCUAGAACGAGAAGCGCACGCCCAGCAGGAGAGACUGGCUGAGGCCAGAGAGGAGUGCCGAGCUGAGGCCCGUAAACAGAAAGAGGAACUGGCACAUACAGUGUCCAGCCUGUCCCAGCAUGUUGCUGAGUUGGAAGGGCAGCUAGAAAGAGCUCACAGGGACAAGAGCUCACUGAUCAAUCAGCUGGAAGAUGGUCUUUGCAAACUUACCAAUCAGGAGCAAGACAAUACCAAGGUGUGUGUGGAUCUGCGAUAUCAGCUCAGUCAGGCCCAACUGAAGAAAGAGGAGGCAGAGAGAGAGCUCCGAGAGCUCGGCACCAAAACCAGCAGACAGAUGGAAAAGGCUGCACAGGAAGUGGAAAGGCUGAGCUCAGAGCUGGUUGGCUGUCGGCAGCACCUGGAGGCGGUCCAAAAGGAUGGGAGCCAAUGGCAGGCCGAAGCCCUGAGCCUAGCAGAACAGCUGGCAAAUGCCCAGCGCCAACUGCACCUCACCAGACAGGACAGAGAGAGUGCAGAUCAGGCUCACGAGGAGGAAAUGGCGACUGCGACCCUUUCAGCGCAGGAAAGAGAGAGAGAGCUGGCUGUGCAGCUGGAGCAAACGGAGGCUCAACACCAGCAGAGAGUUGGAGAGUUGGACGGUCUGCUGAGCUCCCAGAAUUCCCUGAUCAGGAAGCUGAAGGAGGAGUGCUGCACGCUGGGACUCAAACUGGAAGAGCGGACAGAAAAAAGCAGAAGUGAGAUGGAGCAGCUGGCCCUGGAGAAGCAACACCUAGAGGAGACAGUCAAGAGUCUGAGAGCUCGCUGUGCCGACAUGGAAGACCAGUGUGUCCAGCAUGGCCGCAUGCACCAACGCAUGAAGGACAGACUGCAGCAGUUGGACCGUCACUGUCAAAGCAGCGCCCAGCAGGUGUGUGAGCUGCUGGCCAAACAGAACCAGCUGAUGCAGGAGAGAAACACACUCACUGAGGAGAUGCACAACCUACACAUGGAGACCCCAAACACGAGACGAGUCAAUACUUUGUCCACAUGAGUCUGUCCUGCCUGUUUGGAUGCACUAAUGAGCUUUUGGAGCGCCCUAAAUGAUCAUUUUAAUCCCAUUUUUCUACAUUUUCUUUUAUUAAGAAGAAAUAUAGUGUUGUACAUUUUUGAUGGGAAAAAAUAAAGCCUGAACUCUGAAUAAUA